CGAGCACCACCAAUACCAAUUCAGAAACCUGGUUUUGACCACACUUUUUAAGCCUAGUUCGGUCUCCUAUUCUCUAUACUCCAUGCUUGACAUCAUGUUUCUGAACUAGAUAACUUCGUAUUUUGUGCAGAGGCUUAUUUGGGCUUAUCUCUCGUUUUCUAUUCUCUGUACCCCUGAAGUGCUCCGAAUUUUACUUUCCACGGUAUAAAUAUAAAAGAUUUGUUACUGCAAAUUCAAUAUUUAAAAAAUGCCUCUGCGAAUAACACGAAAGAACAUCGAAUUAGCAUCGAAAUGGACUCCAACCGCAGUGGCUUAUGGAACUGGCGCAUGGUUAUCACUGUUAUACUUUACAGACUGGAAAGCAGUGGUACGAUAUAUUCCAUUCUAUGGUAGCAAGUUUCAAGAAUAGGUUACGAGAUCACUCAAUAAGAUUAUGUAAUAGUUUUAUUGGAACGAUAGAGAUUCUAUUGUACCAUGCUAUAUUUACAUCUAAUCUGUUUUUUUAAAUUAUAAGGUAUUAAUAAAGAAACAUAUAUAUAAAACUGA